AUGUCCACCAAUCCCGGCCACACAGCGGCGGCCGACGCCCGGCGAGUCGCCCUCCAACACGCAGAGCUCCUCCGGCAAAGAAAAGACGUCGAGAGCCAGAUCCUCGACAGCCUCGUCCUGCUGUCCGAGUACCCCAUCGUCCGGUCACCAGAGCACUCGGCCUCGAUGCCCGCCCCCUCCGAUGCCGCGGGUUUCAAGGCCCACGUGCGCCUCUUCCAGCCCUCCGACUACGCCGACCUCAUCGAGGAGCGCAACGUCAACGGCCUCUGCGGCUACGUUCUAUGCGCCCGGCCCAGGCGCCACACGGGCGCCGGCGGCGAGUGGAAGAUUACCAGCCACGGCGACAUUGUCAAGCGCAAGGACCUCGAGAUGUGGUGCUCAGAAACUUGCGCCCGACGUGCCCUCUUCGUCAAGGUCCAGCUCAACGAGACGGCGGCGUGGGAGAGGGCGGGCAUUCCGGAGAUACAGAUCGAUCUACUCAGCGAGGACAAGACAAGGGAGACGGAAGCAGAUCGUGCCGCGCGGAUAUUGGGGGAGAUGCAGCUCGAGGGCCAGCGGCAUGCUGCGCGCGAUGCAGCCGCCUUGGCUCUGGAUCGCGGCCAGCGCAGCGCUGUGACCGACCCGGACAAGGUCAAAGUCACCAUCAAGGAAAAGACUCCGCAGGCGCCGCCGAGUCCCGCGUCGAUGCCUAGCAUACAGCAAGACGGACAUCUCCUCGUCGAAGGGCACAAGAGCCAGCUACCACUCCGACCUCGGCGGCCGGACUGA